GGUGUUCCGCCAACAGUAGUCCCCUGCAGCGGAUCUGCUCAAAAACGUUCCGUGAAUGCAAAUGCUGAGAACCACGUGGGGCCGAGGUGUGUUUCCGGUGCCGGCAGCUGCAGCCGGGGUUAAAGCCCAAGCAGCAGAAGGGGACCAUGGCCAGCAAUGAGCGCACUUUCAUUGCUAUCAAGCCUGAUGGGGUCCAGCGGGGUCUUGUGGGAGAGAUCAUCAAGCGAUUUGAGCAGAAGGGAUUCCGCCUUGUGGCUCUGAAGUUUAUGCAGACUUCUCCAUGGCUUCCUGCCAGCGCUUCUCAAAGACACUACAUUGACCUGAAGGACCGUCCAUCUUCAGCUGCUGGUGAGAAUACACUGCACUCAGGGCCAGUGGUUGCCAUGGUCUGGGAGGGGCUGAAUGUUGUAAAGACAGGCCGAGUGAUGCUGGGAGAGACCAACCCUGCAGAUUCCAAGCCUGGGACCAUCCGUGGGGACUUUUGCAUCCAAAUUGGCAGGAACAUCAUUCAUGGCAGCGAUUCCGUGAAAAGUGCAGAGAAGGAGAUCAGCUUGUGGUUUCAACCUGAGGAACUGGUGGAUUACAAGAGCUGUGCACAGGACUGGAUCUACGAGUGACAGGAGGGCAGGCCACCAUGCUUUUCCUGUCCACUUACUCCUAUUCCUGUGGGCAGGGGACCAGACGUAGGAAAUUUGGUUAUUUCUGGAACUUAUUUAUAACCUAGAGUUGGUCUAGGUUGUAAGUGUAAAGCCCUGAGUUCAAAUCCCAG